GAUUCGCGCAACGGUCACCAGCAGAUAACUACCAAAAUGGCAACAGAGAGUUGUUUAAGCAGUUCUCAGAUCAGCAAGGUUGACAACGAGAAACUGGUAAGACCAAAGGUGCAAUUGAAAAGCCUGUUAGAGGAUGCAGGUGCAGAUAAAGAUGUUUUCACCAUGAAGGAGGUUAUGUUUUAUUUAGGGAAAUAUAUCAUGAGCAAGGAGUUAUAUGACAAGCAGCAGCAACACAUAGUUCACUGUGGAGAGGAUCCUCUCGGUGCUGUUCUUGGAGUGAAAAGUUUUUCAGUUAAAGAGCCACGUGCCCUCUUUGCAUUGAUCAACAGAAACCUUGUCACAGUGAAAAAUCCAGAAUCACAGUCUACCUUCUCUGAACCCAGGAGUCAAAGUGAACCAGAUCGAGGACCCGGGGAUACAGAUUCAGACUCUCGCUCAUCUACCUCACAACAGCAGCGCAGGAGGAGGAGAAGCAGUGAUCCUGAGAGUUCUUCAGCUGAAGACGAGUCUAGAGAACGCAGGAAGAGGCAUAAGUCGGACAGCUUUUCCCUGACAUUUGAUGACAGCCUGUCUUGGUGCGUGAUUGGUGGCCUGCACCGGGAGAGGGGGAACAGCGAGUCUUCGGAUGCAAACAGCAACUCGGAUGUAGGUAUAUCUCGCAGUGAGGGCAGUGAAGAGAGCGAAGACUCAGACUCUGAUUCUGAUAACUUUAGUGUGGAGUUUGAGGUGGAGUCCAUCAACUCUGAUGCUUACAGUGAGAAUGAUGUGGAUUCUGUCCCAGGAGAGAACGAGAUAUAUGAAGUCACAAUCUUCGCAGAAGACGAAGACUCUUUUGAUGAAGAUACUGAGAUAACCGAGGCAGACUACUGGAAGUGUCCCAAAUGUGACCAGUUCAACCCUCCUCUUCCUCGACACUGCAAAAGCUGCUGGACCGUCCGAGCUGAUUGGCUUCCAGAAACACACUCCAACUGGGAAAACCUUUCAAGAAAUACUCGAACCAACCCCGAAGACACCAGCGUCACCACAACUCCCAACACAACCUUCGAAAAGAAACUCUCCAAACCCUCAAGCCCUCUCCCAGAAACAGAUGAUGGAGUGGACGUACCCGACGGCAAGUGCUUUCCAUCUCCUGCCACUACCAAAGAUGAGCUUCCCUCCUCCGCUACCAUUACUGACUCUCAAACCACAUCAUCACAGCCCUCCACUUCCUCCGGCGGGGGCAGCAGUCAGGAAGAGACCCCCGAGCUGGAGCGCUUCAACAGUCUGGAGGCCUGCCUUCCCGCUACGUGCCUAGAACCCUGCGUCAUCUGUCAGAGUCGCCCCAAGAACGGCUGCAUUGUUCACGGAAGGACUGGGCACCUUAUGGCGUGCUACACAUGUGCCAAAAAAUUAAAAAACCGGAACAAGUUGUGUCCGGUGUGCCGAGAGCCCAUUCAGUCAGUGGUGUUGACUUACAUGAGCUGAGGCACUGAAAUAUACCUCCUCCUGUCCUUAAAUGAAGUUUGGGAGUUGCCUUGUGGUUGUAUUAGAUAUAAACGUUUGUUUUCAAAUUCAAUAUUUGUAAUGAUUCAAUAUUUUUUUCUUAUUGAAUACCUAAUUUUAUUUAUGACUCAUGGAUUUCACUCACACGUUUUGUAAUAAAUUCACACACUUAUAUUUUAAGGAUUGUGUUAGAAUUGAAACAAAAACUUGUGAGGUGCUGUAUUGAUUAAAUAGUCUAAUAGAAAUGUUUGUAAUUUAAUUUAUGUACAUGCAGAUGUAGAGGUUUUUGAGUUGUUUGCUGCACUGAAAAAGAGUUCCCCGAGCUCAUUUAAAAAUGUUCUUAUCAUAUUUCUGCUGCGAAGACUGUCUUAUUUUCUUUCAGAAAGACAUAAUAAAUGAUUAUUUUGAGGUUCUUCUGCUUUUACA